AUGGCGGCAAUCAAAGAAGGGCAUGGGAUGGCCGGCCGCAUCCCCCAUGUUCCAGUAACCACCGGCCGCAACUGCUCGCGGGCGCUGCAGAGCUUGGUGCGGAGGAAGCAGGUCGACUCCAUCCACGCGCCGCGCACGGGCCACCACCAGCUGGCCCGGCGGUUGUCCGUCUUCGACCUCGUCGCCAUCGGAGUCGGGUCGACCGUCGGGGUUGGGGUGUACACUCUUGUCGCGACGGUGGCUAGAGAGUACGCCGGACCUUCUCUCACCAUCUCCUUCCUGAUCGCCGGAGUGGCUGCCGCGCUCUCCGCGUUCUGCUAUGCGGAGCUCGCUUGUCGAUGUCCCUCCGCCGGAAGCGCCUAUCACUACACGUACAUAUGCGUUGGCGAGGGAGUUGCUUGGUUGAUCGGUUGGUCGCUGAUCCUGGAAUACACAGUCGGCGGUGCAGCUGUUGCUCGGGGUAUCUCCCCAAAUCUGGCCUUGUUUUUUGGAGGAGAGGACAAGUUACCUUCUUUCUUGGCUCGUCAUACUAUUCCUGGCAUUGGGAUUGUAGUUGAUCCUUGUGCAGCCGCCUUAGUUGUUAUAGUGACAGUGCUUUUGUGCAUAGGUAUUAAGAAGAGUUCAAUGGCGCAAACCAUCGUUACGACAAUACAUGUCUCUGCCAUGAUUUUCAUAAUUGCAGCUGGUGGAUAUAUAGGUUUCAAAACUGGAUGGGUGGGGUAUGAGCUUCCAAACGGGUACUUCCCUUAUGGGGUCACCGGAAUGCUUGGUGGGUCUGCAGUUGUAUUCUUUUUAUACAUUGGCUUUGAUUCAGUUACCAGUACAGCUGAGGAGGUGAAAAAUCCUCAACGAGAUCUGCCCGUGGGUAUAGGAGUGGCACUGUCUAUAUGUUGCAUAUCAUACACGCUUGUGUCCGUUGUAAUUGUUGGCUUGGUACCAUGCUAUGCAUUCGAUCCAGACACCCCGAUUUCCUCAACAUUUGCUCACUAUGGGAUGCGAUGGGCAGUGUAUAUACUAACCACUGGAGCAGUCAUGGCUCUAUGCUCAAGUUUGAUGGGUUUAAUUCUCCCUCAGCCGCGAAUCUUGAUGGCAAUGGCUAGGGAUGGACUGUUGCCAUCAUUCUUUGGAGAUAUAAACAGACAUACCCAAGUUCUGGUUAAUAGUACGGUGAUGACUGGUGUUCUGGCUGCAGCCUUAGCAUUCUUCAUGGAUGUCUCACAGUUGGCUGGGAUGGUUAGUGUGGGUACCCUUCUUGCUUUCACCACCGUUGCAGUUUCUGUCCUGAUUCUCAGGUAUGUUCCACCAGAUGAAGUGCCCCUUACAUCAGGACUCCAGGGGUCGAUUGGUUUAGUAUCUUCGCAGUUCUAUAAUGACCUCAGGGGAACUGCUUCCACGGAAAUUGAAUGUUCUGUUGUCUCAUCCAGGGGUGAUGAUCAGCCGUUGAUUGAGACAAAUACAGAUGAUAAUGAAGAACGAAGGCGGAAGAUUGCUGCCUGUAGUAUCGUUUUUGUGUGUGUAGGAAUUCUUAUACUUGCGCCUGCUGCUUCAGUCGGAGGCCUUUCAAGCAUGGUUCGUUCGACAUUAUGUGGAUUGGCUGGAGUUCCUGUCUUAGGCAGUUUGGCCGUGCUGGCCUACAUAGGACAAGAUAAUGCAAGGCAUGACUUUGGACAUGCAGGAGGUUUCCAGUGUCCGUUCGUCCCUUUCUUGCCAGUUGCCUGUAUUCUUGUCAACACCUGCCUAUUAGUUAGUCUACCGUUGGUAACAUGGUUCCGUGUCUCAAUAUGGAUGUUGAUCGGAGCUCUAGUCUACAUUUUCUAUGGCCGGAGUCACAGCUCAUUGAAAGGCGCAGUCUAUGUUCCUGCAGCAUAUGCUCAAUAGAUUUAUCAAGCCCCAUCCAAUCGUCAAGCAUAGUUCCUGCAAAGAUUUACUCGCAAGCCCCAUGAUUUAUUCAACUCAUUGUACUCUAUUUGGCAAUAAUAGGGACGCAUGGAGAGGAUAAAAUGAAUUUUCUCCCUCUCCUUAUUUACAUUAAGUCUUCAGGGGAAUCUAAAGGUCUCGCUCCUUUGUUGUAAAGACAGUAGAAUCAUACAACAUCCCUUGUAUCAAU